UUCUAUCAUUCUCCCCCUCAUUUUACGGAUCUUCGGCGAGAUUCAAGUCAAUGGCGAGUGCAAUGUCAGGCCAGUCGCCGGCGUCGGCGGCGGCAUUAGCAGCAGCCGCAGUGUUGGUCUUGACGGUGGCGCUGAUUUUGGCCGGUGGGGUGGAGGCGAAAUCGAAGCAGAAGACAUGCGACAAAGGGUGGGAGUGCAAGGGCUCGAUAUACUGUUGUAACGAGACGAUCUCCGAUUUCUUCCAGGUGUACCAGUUCGAGAAUCUCUUCUCUAAGCGCAAUAGCCCCAUAGCACACGCCGUUGGAUUUUGGGACUACCACUCCUUCAUCGUCGCCUCUUCCGAGUACCAGCCCCUCGGCUUCGGCACCACUGGGGGCAAGGAGAUGGGAAUGAAGGAGGUGGCAGCAUUCCUCGGCCACGUUGGCAGCAAGACUUCUUGUGGUUAUGGUGUCGCAACCGGCGGCCCGCUUGCAUGGGGGCUCUGUUAUAACCAUGAGAUGAGCCCAAGCCAAUCCUACUGCAGCCAAGACUACCUUUAUCCCUGCACUCCUGGAGUUGAUUAUUUUGGUCGAGGUGCUCUACCUGUCUACUGGAACUACAACUAUGGUAUCAUUGGUGAUGGGAUGAAAGUUGAUCUUCUAAACCACCCAGAGUACUUGGAACAGAAUGCUACUCUGGCCUUCCAAUCUGCCAUGUGGAGGUGGAUGAAUCCAAUGAAGAAGAAGCAACCAUCAGCUCAUGAUGUCUUCGUCGGGAAUUGGAAGCCGACGAAGAACGACACUCUGUCUAAAAGGCUACCUGGCUUUGGGGCUACCAUGAAUGUUCUUUAUGGAGAUCAGAUCUGCGGCCAGGGAUUUGUUGAUUCCAUGAACAACAUCAUAUCCCACUUCCAAUAUUACCUUGAUUUGAUGGGCGUCGGUAGACAGAGCUCUGGAGACAAUUUAGACUGCGCCGAACAGGAGCCCUUCAACCCAUCUUACCAUGCUGCUUCUACAUAGAACCCUUUUAUGCUUAAGAAAGUUCAUUAAUGUUUCGUUUGGGAUGACUUUUUAACUGCUUCAUAAAAUAUUUUUUUUAAUAUAAAUUUUUAAUUUUUAUACUAAAAAGUUGCUUUACGAAGCAGUAAAAAAAUUAUCUCAAAUAAAAUCUAAGUUUAUCCGGUUGUAGUGUUCUGUAUGUUGUGAGCUGGGACGCAUUUCAAAUUGUUGGUCGAUUAUUGUUAUUUGUUAUAAUUAUUUUUGUUUCCACGAUCAUCAAUCUGUAACUCGUUUUCCGUUUUUCUUUGUUAGGAAAAGUUGUAUGCUUUGUGUUAAUUGAAUAAAUUGAAAUGUGAAGUUGGGUUAUUCA